AUGGCACAGUUCUAUCGUCGUUUCAUCAAAGACUUUGCCAGCAUAGCUGCUCCAUUAAAUGUAUUUAAGACAAAAAAUACGAAAUUCGUAUGGACUAGUGAAUGCCAAAAGGCUUUCGAUACACUGAAGCAAAAAUUAUCGCAAUACCCACUGCUGGCAUUCUACGAUGGCAAGUCGAAACUAAAAUUGAAGAUUAAUACUGAUGCAUCUAAUACGGGUAUUGACGGAGUAUUACAUCAAGUCACUCCGAAUGGACAUCUCCAACCAAUCCAAUACUUGUCACGAUCACUAUCAAAACGUGAACAAAUAUAUUCGGUCGUGGAAAAGGAAUGUUUGGCAAUGGUUUGGUGCAUUACAAAAUUACGUCCAUACUUAUAUGGACGCGAAUUCACCUUAAUUACAGAUCAUCAUCCAUUAUGCUGGCUGAACAAACAAUCGUCAAAGAAUGGUCGCCUCGAUCGAUGGUCGUUGCAGUUGCAAGAAUACUCAUUCGAUAUCAAGCAUACCUCGGGAUUGUCAAAUUGUGUUGCCGAUUGUCUAUCCAGGUACCCAAUCCAACAACCAGAUGACAUCGUCGAAGAACAACUUGAAUUGAUGCACGGUCCUGUCAAUUGCAUGAAUAUGGUGGUUAAUUCACAUUUUUCUUCAACACAAAUACGUGAACAACAGCAAAAGGACCAAACAAUCAAACAAAUAUAUGAACAAUUAUCAAACGGAAAACAACAAUCAUCCUAUUCAUUAGAAAAUGAGUUAGUAUGUAAGAUCAUCCAACGACUAGGUCAGCCUAUAGUAACACUACCAUACAUUCCAGCAUCUAUGGUGGAUCCAUUGCUGUAUGCUUAUCACGACAGUCCAACAAGUGGUCAUCUAAGUAUCAACAAAACAUGGUAUAAAAUUCGUGAUCGAUACUUCUGGCCUGGAAUGUUCAAGAAAAUUAAAGAUCAUGUGUUAUCAUGUACAAAAUGCAAACAAUUCAAGAUUGAUAGAAUCAGGCCAAAAGGUAAAUUACAACCCAUCGAACCCCCAACAGGAAUUUUGGACCUUAUGGGCCUAGACUUUAUUGGUCCAGUUCCACAAUCAUCCUACGGAAAUAAAUACAUUCUGGUGUGUACAGACUAUUUGUCACGUUAUGCAAUCACACAAGCGACGCCUAACUGUACCUCCGAAACAGCAGCCAAGUUCCUCGUUGACAAAGUUAUCUUGCAGUAUGGAGUGCCUAAACAAUUGUUAACUGACCGAGGUACGCACUUUAUGUCCAACGUUUUUGAAGCCAUCGCGUCUCGAUGUGGUAUCAAUUAUAUUACAGCAACAACAUACCAUCCACAAUGCAAUGGUCUCACUGAGUGCUUCAACGCCACAUUAGUAGACUCAAUUGGUACAUAUGUAAAUCAACAACAAAGUGACUGGGAUGAUUAUUUACCAUUCGUCCCCUUUGCAUACAAUACAUCGAAACAGUCAACAACUCAAAUGGAACCAUUCAAAUUGAUGUAUGGUCGAGAUGCCAUCCUUCCGUUUGAUACUCCCAGUCUGAUCACUAAAUUAUCUACUGUUAAUGAUUACUACACCCAACUCGUCUGA